AACUAGAUCUCGAUUUUUCUCUGGCACGUAGAUUUGAACACCUACCAAUCCCCAAAUAUACGAUAUAAACACACUCCCCAGCCGAGCUCCUUAGACUUCAGCGGCCUGCCCUUUCCACACCCUUCUUCACCAAUCUUGGCGUUGCUUUCUGCUCUCUUCCAUCCUCUUUCCUCUGGAUCCCGGUCCUCUCUCCGUGACUGGCAGCGCAGGGAGCAGUGCAGAGUCCUUCCUGUGCUUGUUGAACGAGGAAGCAUGAGCAGAGAAGGAGACAGCCUCAAACUCUUGAAAACGCAGGGACGCUCUGUCGUUUCCUCUCUGACUGCAGGCCUGCGUGAUGAGAGUGAACAUAUGCUGCGACGGGUGCCAGAAGAAGGUGAAGAAGGUGCUUCUCAAGACUGACGGAGUGCAGGAUGUGAGUAUCAGUGUGGAGGAGAGGAAGGUGACCGUGACAGGAAGUGUCGAGCCGGACGUCCUGGUGAAGAAGCUCAACAAGGCCGGGAAACAUGCAGAGCUGCUGUCUGUUAAGGGCGGCGGCGGUGGGGGUGGAAAGGGGCAGAGCCUCACUGGCCUGCUCCAGAAGCUGCAGCUGGAGCAUCAGAUAAAGGAAAAUGGAAAGGCCCAAAAGGAGGGCGGAGGCGGCGGCGGGAAGGAACAGAAAGGCCCGCCAGUGGCAGAGACGCAGCAGGAGGGCAAAGGGUACAAAGAUUUCAAGUUUCCAAGUUUCAAGGACCUCAAGAUCCCAUUCAAGAAGGACAACGGCAAAGCAGCAGCCAAACUGGAUCCUUCCCCCAAGGAGGAGCUUGAUGAUGGCAGUGAUUUUGAUGACGAAUUCGAUGAUUUCGAGGACGAGGACGAGGACGAUGAGGAGCUCAGCGACUUGGAUGAGUACUCUGAUGAUGAGCCGAUGAUGAAACCAAAAGCUAAAGACAAGGGAGGAGAGAAGGGAAUUAAUGGCGGUGGUAAAAUUGCUGGUGGAGGAAACAACAACAACAAGGGUGGAAAUAUCAAUAGCAACAGCCAUGCUCAUAAUGGCGGACCAUCAUCCAACAAGGGUGGUGGGAGCAAUAAGGACAAGGGAGGGGGCCUUCCAAUAGGCCAACCUCACAUGAUGGGUCAAUUUGGUAACAUGCAACCGCCCAUGGGUCUAAUGGGGAGCAAUAAUGCUCAGGGCCCUCCGGCCGGAGCCUACUUACCGUCGGAGACCAUGGCCGGCGGCGCGAACCCUUACCAACAGCAAUACCUACAAGCACUCAUGCAGCAACAGCAGCAACAGAGGAUGAUGAUGAACGGCCUUGACCGACCAGCCUUCCAACCGAUGGGCUAUGGAUACGGCCCGCAGCCGAUGUAUGCGCCGCAACCGCAUCCAUACACCGUGUUCAGCGACGAGAACCCCAACGGUUGCUCAAUCAUGUGAGGAAGAAGGGAAACAGCAAUGGCAAGCUUGGUCCUACCAUGAAAAGAAUAAGAACAUGGAGAGAGUUGCAAACUGAGUGUCUAUAUUCUUUUUAGUUUCAUAUAUCUUUAAUUUGUAUCAUGAGUUCAAAUGUGUUACUGAAAAUCAUGGCCCUCUGAAUGGGUGAGUUCACUA